UAUUUGUUCUGUUUUUGUCCGGAUAUGUUUAUACAUGUAUUUUGUCAUCAGCCAUUUUUUCACGUUUUCGUUUCAUCGUUCAUACUCAUCAUUUUUACAUGACCAAUUUCUCGUGUCACCACCAUUUCUUACCAUCAAUGUUCCAUCUACAUCGACUAUUGUGUUUGUUUUUAUUUUCCUGGACUAUUGUGGUUAAGCUAGCUGCAUGUCAGCAUAGUAAGAAAUGGUGAAUUACGAAUAUCGGCCGGCAGAACUUACCCGUGAGUGGAUUUUCCAAUCAUCAACAUCGCUGAACUGAAGGAACCCAGCAAGCAAAAUGAACACUAGAUCAUUUCACCAUGAACAUUUAUUAUAUAUAUAUAUACAUAUAAAUUGACAUUAUUAGCUAUACCUUGCAAGACAUUUAGAAAUUAUCAUGUCUCAUCAAGAGAUAAGAGAGUCAAGACAAAGGUCACUUACAGAAAAAGGUGAAGAGCAAUUUGAAUCAUUAUUGAACCAGUACCACAAGAGAUAUGAAGCUUCAAAUGUGAAAUUACAGAGACUUAUAGCUGAACUAGUCAACAUUCCUAAUGACGAUGAACAUUUAGUGUAUAAUUUUGAGAGAAACCUGUCUGUGUUAUUUGUAAGCUAUACAGAAAAACUUGGGAACUUGUGUAAAUUCUUGUCACAUUACAAUACACCACAGAGUGUCAGUUUACAAAGAGACAUUGAUAAGGAAGCUAAGGAAGUACAAGCCAAAGUAAACCAGUGUUUUGAGAAUGUGAAACAUCUCAUACCAGCAAAAGUAGUUACAGACACUCAUGAAGGAGAUCCAAAUAAAAAUGAAACUGAAUCUCGUGCACCAACUCAACCAAAUUCAGUAAGAAGUUUGCGUAGUUCAUCAGCCGGUUCAUCGUUGAGAUCUGUUCAAGCCCAAAAGCGAGCGAAGGCCGAAGCAGCUAAAGCAAAAUUGGCGUUCAGUGAAAAAGAAAAGGAACUUCGUGAAAAGCAAGUUCUUCUUAUUGAACAGAACGAAGUGUACAGUGCUAAAACAGAGAAAGAAAAAUCAUUUAUUGAAGCUGAACUGAAAUUCUUGGGUGAUAAAAAAGAAGCAACAACUGCUAUUACUGAGGCAGAAAUUCUUGAGGAUGCUGUCCAACAUUUAGGAAAUUCUUCAUUAACCCGACAUUCUGUGCGGAGCCUAGAAUCCAUCAGCCCUAAGGACCAUGUGGAUUAUUAUGUGUCUGAACAAAAUGAACUAAAUCCAGCCAUGUUGGCUCAUGUUCCACUUCAAAAUUUGGGGAUAAAAAAAGAAUUUUGGAUUCUGUCAAUCUUCAGAGUUUAAUAAUUAAUACCCUGCAACGAGAACACCAGUUCCAUCUGCAAGAAAACCAAAGAUAGUGAAGCAGGAUGAUUCAUUGGAUUUGAGUUUAGACUCGGACGAAGAACAAUCUCGCAUUAACUUUCGACAAACAUCAAAUCCUAUACCUUCUAUUGUUAAUCCUCAUGAAAAUUCUACUGUUGCAGAAUUGGGACAAUUCUUAUUGAAAAAGGAACUAUCCAUUUCAAGACUGACACAGUUUAAUGAAAAACCAGAAACUUACGAAUCAUGGAAAGUCAGUUUUAAAAGACUGGUUACUGAACUACGCACGAGUGAAAUAUACGAGCUUGACAUGCUUAUCAAGUGGCUUGGCCCUAUAUCUACAAAGUACGCUGAAAGUACUAAAAACUCAAACAUGACUGAUCCUGCAAGAGGAGUGAGGUUACUUUGGGAACGUUUAGAUCGGUGCUAUGGUACCCCAGAGGAAAUCGAGGCAUCCCUCCUACAAAGACUGAACGAGUUCAAACCAAUUACUUGGGACGAACCAAGACGGUAUUAUGAUCUUGUUGACUUGCUGUCCGAGAUAGAAUCUCUUCAAAACAAUGAACGCUAUAGAACUCAACUUGCCGUGUUUAACACGUCAUCCGGUGUCACUCCAGUCGCUCGAAGACUUUUGCCCCGUGCUAUUUAUGAGAAAUGGAUGUCAAGAGCUACCAAUUACAAAUCAAAACACAAUGUGAUUUUCCCACCCUUUUCUAUAUUUGUAACAUUUAUCAAAGAUACCUGUGUGAUGCGCAAUGAUCCAAGCUUUACGCAUGAACCUUGCAAAAAUACUUCAAACACAAACUCAGGGAAACAGAAACAAAGUAAGCCAAAGCUCAGUGUUAAAAAGACAUCUGUUGUGAAUGUAGAUCAGAAAACAUUAGAUGCAUGUCCAGUUCAUCUAACGAAUCAUUCUCUGAAUGAAUGCCGGACAUUUAGAAACAAACCAAUAAAUGUGCGUCGCAAGUUUCUAAAAGAAAACAAUAUUUGCUUCGGAUGUUGUAAAUCCAAAGACCAUUAUAAACAGAACUGUUCAUUGAAGACAGAAUGUAGUGAAUGCAAAAGCAAAGAUCAUCCCACAGCGUUACACAUUCAGUUCAAACCAGCAGAUAGUGAUGGGAAACUAGAACACUCUAACACAAAAUUAAGUGUUCAGGACGGGGAGAGAAAUUCGAAGGAUCACAAAGUGACUGCAGAUGCGAAGUGUACCGCAGUUUGUGGACAGAAUUUCUAAGGAAAGUCUUGUGCAAAGAUUGUAUUAGUGCGAGUUUACCGCAAAGACAAUCUCAAAAAUUCAAUACUGACUUAUGCAAU